AGCUGUAUGAGAGCACCAAGCAGUCGAGGGAGAAACAGGUUUCCAUUGAGUUUACAGUUCGUAGCCUACUCUUAUAUAAUUUCGUUUUCGUUGGGUGUCUUUCUCUGUUGUUGAUUCCCAGCCGUUCAAAGCGGAAUGGCCGAACCGAGCGGCAGAUAUCAGCAGCUUCCCAAUGAGGAGGACCCAGAGGAGAGUCCACAGGCAGCCGCUGACGCCCCCCCCCCAUACAGCAGCAUCACCGGGGACAAUGCUGCCUUCUUUGACUACAAGGAAGAUGGGGAUUUCCCCAAGCCUCCGUCGUACAACGUAGCGACUACCCUACCUUCCUAUGAUGAAGCAGAAAGAACCAAGGCUGAGACCAGUGUUCCCCUGGUAACCGGAAGAGAUGAAGACUUUGUGGCCAGAGACGACUUUGAAGACGCUGAUCAGCUGAGGAUAGGAAAUGAUGGCAUCUUCAUGCUCACUUUUUUCAUGGCAUUCCUGUUCAACUGGAUCGGCUUCUUCCUGUCUUUCUGUCUGACCACUUCAGCAGCGGGACGCUACGGUGCCAUCUCAGGCUUUGGCCUCUCUCUCAUUAAAUGGAUCCUCAUUGUCCGGUUCUCCACAUACUUCCCUGGUUACUUUGACGGACAGUAUUGGCUGUGGUGGGUGUUCCUGGUCAUGGGCUUUUUCCUCUUCCUUCGAGGAAUCAUCCACUACGCCAGGAUCCGCAAGAUGGCUGACACCUUCUCCACCCUGCCCCGCACCCGAGUCCUCUUCAUUUACUAAACUCUCAAUCCAUCAGAUUUCCAUCAUUAUUUGUUUUUCUCCUUUUCAUUGAAACAUGCGGUCUGGCUUUCUCCAUUCAAGAAGGGAGAAAAGAACUUUUUUUUUAACCUCUGAUUAUAUGAUUUGGACAAUACAUCUUUUGUCUCCUCUUGGUGUGACAUAGUGACUGCUGAGAAAUCAGUAAAAUCCUUCAGUUGUUAGUGGUGAACUGUCAAGUGCUAUUUGCAGUUAUGAAGUGUGUGCUGAUAAAUGAAUGCCUUAUUUACUGCCUGUUGGUAGCAGCAGCAUGCACUGUGCUCCUGUUUAACCUCCAGGGGGCAGUCUUGUUUGUGUUAUCUUUCACCAUGUCUACUACCAGAAGAUGUUUUUUUUUUUUUUCUCAGCCCAGGGGCAGUGGGUCAUUUUGGUGUUAUGGGUUGAUUUACGCAGUGUGUAACAAUAUUUCAAGUUUAAUGUGCAUAUAAUCCUUCUGACCAAUGCUUUUUGUCCCUUGUGAAUUAGUGUAUGAUUCAGGUAAUACGAGACUGAAAAGGGAAAUCAUUAGAUGUUUGGGUUCUUGGGCAUUUAUUCCACAUGUAUUUAGGAAUUAUUACCUUCUAAGCACUAAUCAAGAGUGUUGUUUCCCUAUGGAUAAAACAUGUAUGUCAGCGGAGAUGUAAAGCUGCAAAUAUAGAGUGAUAGUGAUUUAAAAAGCUUCUAGUUACGAGAUUCAAAUGUGCAAAUAGACAUAAUAAAAUUGUUAAAUAAAAGAUUCCGACACCCUAUCUUAGUCACCCCAAUGGUUUCCAAUGAGGAAAUAAUUAUCGUAUUGCCAGAUGUGAUUUAAAAACCCUUCCCUGUGAAGAGGAAGGGAUGUAUGAUUUUUUCCUUUGAUGUUACAAUGAAAUAUCAAAAGAGUCAUUCUGUUCCUGUUUACUCUCAUUCUAGUGGAAGCAGAAUUACUUUUUUUUUUUUACAGCAAUUUUAAAUUAUCUUGCUUGGAAAAUGUUUUGAAAUAAACUGUAAAAGGACA